AUCUUCCUCGGAGAGAAGAUAUGACAGCAAACAUGAAAUUGACCGGGAUCCUUUCGAUGUUGAAAAAGAGGGAAAGACACAUCAGGCAUGUAAAGAUGGAUCUCUACCACAGCAAAGUGAUGAGAAGAUGAUAGUACAUGUCACAUUCAGUGGCUUUACAAGUGAUGAGAAGGUGGAACUUCUGGCCAUUGCAAAAAGAAUUGAUAGUAUAAAGGUAGAAGAGUCCCUUACUGAACAAGUGACACAUUUGAUCAUGAAAACAGAUGAAAAUGAUAUGAAAUUCUGCAAUAGGACCCUUAAAUAUUUAAGGGGGGUCAGCAAAAAGUGCUGGGUCCUUAAUGCUGGCUGGAUAACGGACAGUGCAAUGAGUGGAAAACUUUUGUCAGAGGAAAAUUAUGAAAUCACAGGUAACAUUAUUGAUGUAGCAGGGACAAGGACCCGAAUUAAUCACUUUGGACCUAGGAAGGCUAGAAGGAGAAGAGGAAAAUUAUUUUCUCAUCUUAAAUUUCACCUUAUUGAAGAAAGUGAAGCAAUGUGCACAGAAGAUGCAGUCUUUCUUAUAACACAGUGUGGAGGACAUAUUGUCCAGGACACAUCAGCAGAGAUUCCUAAUUUAAUAUUGUAUCUUGGUGAUUGUGAGACAGAAAAUAAAGGAACAUCUAUCGAUAGUUGUGUUAGAGACCUCCAUAAUGUGCAAGAUGUCCCAAUCAUUGAAAGAGAAUGGCUUAUAGAUUGCAUAUCAUCAUACACUAGAAAGUGCUUUAAGGAAUAUAUGUUCCAGGUUAUGCCAGAAGAAUCAGGGACUCCAGAAAGAGAGGACGAAGAGUGGGUUGAUAAUUCAUUUGAUGAAGAUUACAUGCCAUCGCCAUCGGAAUUGAUCAAUUUUGACUCUAGCUCUAGCAAUGAAUCUGCCACUAGUCCCAUUCACCAUUUUGAUGCAUCACUGACAGAUUCAGCUGUUCAAAAUCAGAGCAUACCAAGCCUACCGUGUGAUGAAGCUUUGGCAGACAAAGAGAACAGUUUUCAUAAAGAAUCCAUUAGGGUACAGCAAACACACAAUCUUGGAUCAAGAAAAUUGAUCAAUUUUGACUCUAGCUCUAGCAAUGAAUCUGCCACUAGUCCCAUUCACCAUUUUGAUGCAUCACUGACAGAUUCAGCUGUUCAAAAUCAGAGCAUACCAAGCCUACCGUGUGAUGAAGCUUUGGCAGACAAAGAGAACAGUUUUCAUAAAGAAUCCAUUAGGGUACAGCAAACACACAAUCUUGGAUCAAGAAAAUAUGACAAGCAGUUCAUGUGCCUUUUUUGUGAAACACCACAAGCCAAACUUCCACGUCAUUUUAAAUCAAAGCACAGCAAUGAAAUAGACGUAGCCAGAUAUCUUGCAGAACAGGACCCAUCAGUAAAAAAUAAAAUGUUAAAAAGACUUCGAAACCUAGGAGCCCAUCAACAUAACCUUAAUGUUAUUAGAGAAAAGAAAGGUUCACUUAUUGUUGCAUAUAGACAAUCAGAAGAAACCCACUGGUCUGAAUACAGUCCAUGCCCACACUGUUUAGGCUAUUAUACAUCUUGUGUACUGUGGAAGCAUGUCAGAAGAUGCGAGCUAGCACCAUCACAACGUCAGAAAUAUGGCAAGAUUUUACACUUCAGCAAGAUGCUCAUGCCAGCCAGUGAAGGAGAGAUGAGUGUAGGACUAAGAAAAAUUUUCAUAACUAUGAAAGAGGACAUUGUAUCAACUGCUGUCAAAAAUGACUAUUUAAUUAGACAGUUGGGAGAAAAACUAGCAUGUAAACAUGGAAACAAUGGAGAGCAAUUCCAUUAUAUAAGAAAUUGUCUGAGAGAAAUGGGUCGCUUACUUUUAUCUCUAAGGAAGCAAACAGGAGCAGAUGAUGCAGAACUUUCAUCUUUUAUAGAUCCCAGAAAAUUUGAUAUUGUUGUACAAAGCACAAAAGAAGUUUCAGGGUUUUCCAUGGAAACAACAAAAUACAAAACCCCAUCACUUGCUCUAAAGAUUGGAUAUUCUCUCAAGAAAUGUGCUGGAAUUAUGAAAGGAAAUGCCCUUAGAACUGGUGAUUCUGAAGUGGAGGCAAAAGCAAGCAAGUUCAUUGAGUUAUAUGAACUAAAGUGGAAUGAAGAAAUAACACCUCAUGCUUACAGAACCUUAGAGGAAAUGAGAAGAAAUAGAGUACAUCUAAUUCCACUGACAAAUGAUGUUAUCCUCUUAAACAAUUACCUGCAGAAUGAAUUUCAAAAAGCCUAUGACAGACUUACUGAAGAAAAAAGUAAUAAAGAUGCAUGGUCCCUUCUCUGUGAGCUAAUUUUGGCACAAAUAAUAUUAUUUAAUCGAAGAAGACAGGGAGAGGCUUCAAAAAUGAAGGUUGUAGACUAUGAUAAAAAACAUCGCGCAAAUCAGGAAGAUGUUUUGACGGGGCUGACAGACUUGGAAAAAAACCUUUGUGCAAGACUGGAAAAGGUGGACAUUGUUGGGAAAAAGGGAAGAACUGUUCCAGUAAUUCUAACUUCAAAGAUUACCUCAGGAAUCAACCUUCUUUUGAAGACUAGAAAAGAUGUUGGUGUGGCAGAGUCAAACAGUUACAUAUUUGCCAGGACAAGCUUUAACUCAAACGAGCAUGUCCGGGGAUGUGACGUCCUUAGAGAUUUCUCAAACAAAUGUGGUGCAGAACACCCAGAACUCUUAAGAUCGAUGAAACUAAGAAAACAUAUUGCUACCUUAUCACAAAUAUUAAACCUGAAAGAAAAUGAGGUGGACAUUUUGGCAACCUUUUUGGGACAUGACAUCAAAACACACCGUGAAUAUUACAGGUUGCCAGAGGAGGCCAUACAAGUGGCCAAGGUUUCCAAACUGCUAUUAACCCUCGAAAGAGGAGAACUGGCCCUACAGAAAGGGUUGUCCCUUGAUGAGAUAGAAGUUGACCUCGAGGAAGAAAUUGUGAUGAAUGAGGAGGAGGAGGUGGAUGAAGAUGAUGAAGAUCAAGGGAUCCAUACAGAGGACAUGGAUGAAACUGGCGCAUCUAUACCAACACUUUCGGAUGAAGUGCCUGAGGUACAUGUGCAUGAAUUACACACUCACACAAAAAAGCGUGUUCCCUGGAGUAUUCCUGAAAAGAAAGUGGUUUUAAACCAUUUUAAGAAGACCAUUUUACUUGGGAGACUUCCAGGAAAAAAGGAUAUAGAGGAUCUAAUAAAAGCUGAUAAGAAAAGCAUUUUGACCAACAGAAGUUGGAAAAAUAUUAAGGACUUUAUUCGAAACCAUAUGACGAGCAUAAAUAGAAAAAAAUGAAAUGUCAAAACAAAUAAGAACUAAGGUCUCAUUUUAAAACAUCUAUCCGAAAAUAGAUAUGGGUUGGUUACAAGAUUAAAUUUCAUAAAGCUCGAAUUUAAUCUCGUACCAACCCGUAUUUAUAGCCAGAUAGAUGUUUCAAAAUGAGAUCUUAUUAGUCCCCUACCGAUGAAACCAGAGGGGACUAUAGGUUUCCUCUGUGUCUGUCCAUCCAUCUAGCUGUCCCCAUCUGUCUGUCAGUCUUUCAUACUUGGUUUUCCGCACUUUUUUUCUAAACGCUUGCAGAUAUUGAGAUGAAUUUUGGUAUGCCAGUGUAUUUUGAUGAGUUACAGAUCAAGUUUGAAUUUCGUUUCGCUUCAUUGUUUUUUGACAGAAUUGUGGUAUUUUGAAUUUUUCAUAAUUUAUAUAAAACAUCAGGUUCAUGCUGUGCUAAAUGGUAAAUAUGAAGUGAGAAAAAGAUGCUGAAUGAGUUGAAUUUUCUUCUUUAUGUGGAUAAUUUUAUUAGUUUAAAGGCAUUCACAACCUUACAACAAGCAGUUCUACCCUUAAUAUAACUUUUGCAUGUUAUAAAAUGACUUCUUGAAGAAAAAGAAAAACCCGGUAGGGGACAUAUAUUGCUUAUGCAAUACUCUCAGAAUGCUUGUUACUUAUAUUAAAUUUGUGACUUAUUCACACUUUAUAUUUGCAUGAUUGUGACAUUUAAAGUGUGAAAUGCAUUUUUUUUCAAACCCAACAGCAUGUAUGUAAUCCACUGAACAUGGGUCGACCCUCUAUGACGUCACUGAGAAAUUAGUUUAUCUAUUCGCACAUCUAUGACCUCUUGACCCCUGUACCGGUAUUUAUACAGUUACAGAUACACAUUGCUUUCAGUAGUGUAUAUAAAGGAAAGAUUUGCAAAUGUAAUAAUCAAAUUUUGGGUUAUAAGUUUGUCAUACCAUGAUACCAACUUGCAAAUUUAUUUAAGAAAGUCCGUAGGGCUUUAUUGAAUUUAAUCUCGUGACCAUCCCGUAUUUAAAUCCCGAUAGAUGUUUUAAAAUGAUACCUUAGUUCUUAAUUGUUUUGACAAUGGCUAUUGUGCAACAAAUAUGGAAGUGAAGAAGUAAAUCUCAACAAGGACAAAAUUUUGUUAAUAAUUUCAUAAAACAAUCAACUUUUAUGUAUACUUUAAAUGUGCACAAACUGUAGAGUUAGUAUUUGUUUGUAUUGUAUUAGUUUUUUUAUAAAGCAUACAAAAUGAAAAUGAUCAAUACUUCAUGCUAGUUGGCCUCUUCCUUUUUUUUUACUUUUCAAAGUAAACAUGUAGCUGCAAAUAUCCUCUUUACAUAAUAUAAUUUUCUUUUACAUCACAGCAUAUGAAUCUUUAAGAGUCAAUGAUCAUAUCAAAGACAUGAUUAAAUACUAGUCCUUGUUGUAAAUAUCAUAGGAAAGUGAUUAGCAUGUUUAGAAAAAACUUUGGAAGAUAGUAACUUUAUAUUAUAAAUUCAAAUAUUGUAUACAACUUUUACCAAUUUUAUGCUAGAGGUAUUCCUUUUUUCCUUGGAAAAAUAGGAUGUCUUGUUUGAAACACCUUUAAAACCUCUUGAUUGGUUAUUGUUAAAGAUUUUCUACUGGUAAUUGUAGUAGGUGUUGAAUUUGAAUUAUGUUGAAAAUUACAAGAGGGUAAGGUAUGUGUAUUAUUACCUUAACAAUUGAUUUAUUCAAAUUUAUAAAAGAAAUACAUUUAUAUAAUAUUAUGAUGUAAUCAUGUAAUAGAGGAUAUUAUAUUUAAUAUAUUCUGAUCUAUAUUUUUAAA